GCAGUGGCACGUGAUCCAGCGGUGGAGACUGGGACUGGAGAGCAGCCGCCGAGUCGUUCCGUGUCCGAGCCUAGACGGAGACGACGAGUCCAUGUGAAAAAACUGUCAGUAAGGUUACCUCGAAGAAUAUCAACAAUGUCUGCUGCUUUUUACGUCUGCCUUGUCCUUUGGUGCCUCCAAACCAACGCUGGUCCGACUCCAGCAGUGGUCUUUGUGUCUGGAAAAGGGAAUCUGCAGGAUACCGUCGCAGCAGAGCUGGCCCCACCGGAGAACCUGACCCUGAUCACCUUGAACACCAACUACACCCUGAGCUGGGAUUGGGACCAGAGUUUUGCAGAGGGACACGCUGUCAACUUCACCACCCAAUAUGUGGCGAAGUUCAAGCUAAAGUCUAAGAAAAAGAGUCCAGUGUGGCAAACGGCAUGUGAGAAGACGUCACGUAGGUCAUGUGACCUUACAAAGUUCAACCUGUACUACCUGGGCAUUUACGUGCUUCGUGUACAAGCCAGUGUGAACGAGCGUGUCUCCGACUGGAUAAUGAAGGAAUUCUGCCCUGAUAAAGAUGCUGCUGUGGGUCCUCCAUCCAGAGUGGAUCUUUCUCCUGCUGGAAGUGGUCUGGACAUUAUCAUCUCUGACCCUCUGACCAGCGCCAACAGCUCCAUGAAGGACCAUAUCCCAGAGCUGAACUACCACAUCCUCUACUGGGAACGCUCCGUAGACACAGAGGCCUUAGAAACCCAGACGUUGGCUAGCAAGGUCCCCGUGGUGACUCUGUCGGACCUGAAACCCUGGACCUGGUACUGUGUGAGUGUCCAGUCACGCUACGACUUCUUCAACAAGGAGAGCAGCUUCACCUCACCCCACUGCGUGCAGACCGAAGGUGCCAUUCCGUGGUGGCAGAUCUUUGGCUACUUCCUGCUCUCUCUGGUGAUCUGCUUCUUGUUCGUGCUAGUCAUACUCUGCUGCUCCUUUUGGUUCUUCAAGACUGUUAAGGCGACGUUUUACCCCUCCAACCAGCUGCCUACACACUUCCAGUAUCUUUAUGACUCAUCUGGGUCUGACAUUCCUCGCCUCCUCACCCCGGAUUCCGACUCGGAGCUGUUGUGUGACAAGGUGACCGUCUGUCCUGAGCCACUGGUCCCAGAAAUCCACAUCCCUCCCCCUGAGGCCCUGCCGGUGCCCCCGUCAGACAGCAGUGGCAGACACAGUCGCCAGGGCAGCGGCGGCAGCGGAGACUCAGGAGUGUACUCCACAGGGUGCAGCUCGGGCCUGCGGCAGCCUGACAGCAUUCAGUCGUCCUCGGGGGACGAAGACUCUGGCCAGGGUUUCCUCGACUUGGAGCAGGUGAAGAUGAAGGACAUGGCUCCAGGGCUCAAGACUCGACUUCUGAUCGCCAACGAGGGCGUUGUUGACAUGUGUGUAUGAAGGCAAGGCAUGCACGCCAAAAAGACUUUUGUUGAGAAGAGCAUGAAGCGAGGAUGAACCGUGCUAAGGAAGAUAGAUGUUUGUGGAAAAUGUGCAGCGUGCCUUUUCUCCAACUGUCACUGUGAAAUGAGAGGAAACUGUUAUCUAAAAAAAGAGGAAAAGUGUGGAAAAGGGACUUUUAGAAAACAAGAUAAUGACUGACCGACUCACACUGGAACAAAACCAUGUGCUGUGAUGUCACUCCGUGUUUCCAACUGCCAAGGAGGAUACACGUGGACUUCACUGUUGAUAUCUUUCUUUACAGAUGCAGACCCUCAUGUCGCCUACUGUUCCUUCCUGAUUUUAAUGUUGUACAUUUCCUUUCCCUCAUCUCCAACAGAAGGGAAGACGCAGAUAUUUUCCUGCGGUUCGGCCUCUCAUUUACACAAAAACCCCGUUUUUAUCACAGAAAACGAUUAUUUCUAAAAACUCCG